UCUGUGAGCGUAUUAAGGAUAUUCAUUAAAUAGUUUGUCUCAACAGAAAGCGUCGUAAAAUAUUCGCAUCAAACGUGAUCCACUUAAUAAAUUUUAAUUUUAUUAUAGCAAUGUUUUAUUAAAGGUAUCGUGAUAACUACAGCGUUCCAAUAACACAUUGGGACGCUCGCUGUAAUUGGUCUGCACGCGAUGGCUUUUAUAACGGAUUACAUGUCACCAGAGAACACAUCAAUCGGCAACUCAUCAGCGACGUUUUACCCGGGCCUUCUGACGGACAGAGAGCUGUGGAUGCAUGUUAUAGACGACUUUAAACAGAGCCAGUUCACGCUGAAUAAUGCCGCGACCAUACUGCUGAUGUGCCUGUACGUGCCUAUAUUCCUCACCUCACUGAUGGGCAAUAUUCUCGUUCUGCUGGUCAUCUUGCCCAACCAGCGCAUGUGGACCGUCACCAAUAACUUUCUUGUCAACCUCGCACUCGCAGACCUUCUGGUGACGGUGCUGUGUAUGCCGAUGACCUUGGCAGGCAAGGUAUACAAGCUGUGGGUCUACGGAGAUGUGUUGUGCAAAAUGACGCCUUAUUUACAAGGGGUCUCGGUCACCGCCAGCACGUUCACAAUCACCAUCAUGAGUCUGGAUCGAUGUUUCGCCAUUCUCCAUCCUGUCAAGUUUAGAAACCUGCGUACGAAGAGCAACGUUCGAUCUCUUAUUGUCAUUAUUUGGGUGACCGCCAUUCUUCUGAUGAUCCCGCUACUUUUUGUCAACAAAACAAAGUCUCAAGAGAUUUUUGCUAACUUUGAAAUUGUUACUUGCGCAGAAGAGUGGUCUUCAGUGAAUCAAAGACGUACUUACGAUCUAAGUUUACUGUUUAUCAUUUGUAUCAUUCCUGCUCAGAUUGUUUUUAUUUCUUACAUACGCAUGGGUAAAAGACUUUGGGUAACGGACAGAACACUAAAAGGAAACGGCGGCCCUGCGAAUUCCGGCGGUUCACAACGCGGAACAAUUGACGCUGUCCGAGCUAGUCGGCGACGUACUGCCAAAAUGUGCAUUAUAGUUUCCAUCGUAUUCGUUGUGUGCUGGUUACCGUAUUACACAGUGAACAUCUACCUGGACUUCUAUCGCAACCAGGAUGUGCUAGAUAUAGUGUACUGGGGUCUGUUGAUUGGCCAUCUUCACUGCAUCACUAAUCCCAUCCUGUACUGCUUCAUGCACAAGACAUUUCGGUAUUGCGUCAAGAGGAUGCUGCCUUGCUGGAGAGGCGCAAUCCACAGAACUCCUUCCGGAUAUGGCACGGUAGGGCAAAACUGGGAACCCUGUAGCACUUAA